CUCGGAGGCAGGGGGCGGGUGCCCCGGGACGCCCGGAAGGGGCGGGGCUUAUGGAGAUUAGGAACUAAGACGGAAGACUAGGGCCGGGGCUGGGAGCCGCGAGGGGCCGGGUUUCCCGGGUAGGCGUGACCCUCGAGCUUUAUAUUCCAGACCCCGUCCCUUGAGCUCUGCCCUCGGAUGUUCCACCGCCCAGAGCUUGCAUGCGCCGUGGGGCGCCCCAGGACCAGGAGCUGGUGGGUCCGGGGGCUCCUGGGCGGGGGUCCCGGGGCGCCCCUCCUCCCUCGGGAUCUGUUGUCCCGGUCCUGGUCUUUCCCCCGGAUCUAGUAUUCAGGGCGGACCAACGGAGCGGACCCCGGCAGCUACUGACCCUCUAUAACCCCACGGGAGCAGUGCUUCGCUUCCGAGUCCUGUGCACAGCCCCUGCCAAAUACACAGUGUUUGACGCGGAAGGAUAUGUGAAGCCUCAGUCCUGCAUUGACAUUGUGAUUCGCCACGUGGCCCCCAAUCCCAGGCACUAUAAUGUCCAGGAUCGCUUCCGCAUUGAGCUCUCUGAGGAGGGAACAGAGGGCCGAGUGGUGGGGCGCAAGGACAUCACCUCGGUUCUAAGGGCCCCAGCGUACCCCCUUGAGCUUCAGGGACAGUCUGACCCAACGCCCCACCCAGAGCCUCAUUCCUGGACAGCACCAUCCGCGGCCCAGCCCUUCCCAGAGAGAGUGGAGGCUGGAGCUCCUGAUGGGCCUUGUUCCCCAGACCCUCACCCGCAACUGGCCACCAGCUCCUUUCUCCUCUUCUUGCUGAUGGGCACAAUCUCUGUGGCCUUCCUGCUGCUCCCGCUCCAGGAUGAACUUGGCAGCCAGCUGCCCCAGAUGUUUCACGUCUCCCUGGGACAAAAGUUGGUGGCAGCCUACAUCUUAGGGCUCCUCACCAUGGUGUUCCUCCGGACCUGAGCUCUGCUCCACCUCCAUGCCGCUUCCCUGGGCCAGGACAUGGAUGCGGAUGUGGACGUGAGACAGCCACUGUGAUGUUCAUAACCUCGUCUCAACUCCUGCUUCCUUCUUCCUCCCCAUCUCCCUCCAGACCUAGGGAUUUGUUAUCUUUUUCCAAGUUGAAUCAAAUAAAUUUGUAAAACUGAA